AGCACCUGAGCUCCCUUCUACAGUGGCUUGAUCGUGCAGGAACAGGCGGGUUAGUGUGCGCUAUUGCAGUGCGUGCUCAGUGCUCAAGCCCGCUCGUCAUCGCCAGGCACACUGGGAGGAUCGGCCACUGCUCCACUCGUCCACUUCGUGUUGGGCUUCCUAGCGCUGUUUCGAGCCCCUGGCGUCGUCUUCCUUGAUUCCCCUCUCUUCAGUGGACUCAUGCCAGUGCCAAUGCCAGCCAGACGCCUGUUAGUGAUCCCAUCAGGCUGGGCGUCCCCUCUUCUUCACUUCCACUCGCCCCUUUCUUGUUUAUCUGCCUCUUGGUUCUCACACCACAGUUUAGCUCUUGCCACCCUUUUCUCUUCAUCACCGUUUAGCUUCUUCAAGCAGUCACUCUUUUUCUUUCGAUCAUCUUGAUCCUUUACGCUCCCUUACCAACUUGUCAAGUAGUCUCGCUAACUAGCAGUUCACUUGAUAUACCACCACUCUCUUUAUCAACAUCGUCGUGAGCUUGCUGGAUUUGCCACGAUAUCAACAGUUCCUUCUUUUCAGUUUUAACCAACAAACACCACCAACAUCAAGAUGAAGACCACCUUCGCUCUUGUCGGCGCUCUCGCUGCCGUCGCCAACGCCAACAUCUACCACCGUGAUGGCCACAUGUUCUUCCCUCGCAACGGCACCACCGUUCACUCCACUGGCGCUGCUGAUGCCAUCACCACCUUGACCGUCAAGGCCACCCAGACUCACACCGUCACCAGCUGCAAGCCCACUGUCACCAACUGCCCCGUUGGCAAGCCCGGCAUGAGCAGCGUCCCCGAGUCUGACCGUGUCACUCACAUUGCCACCCACACCGUUGUUCUCACCACCACGGAAUGCCCCGUCUCUGAGGCUCACAAGAUCUCCUCCAGCGUCGUCUCUGACCACAGCGAAGGCAAGAUCACUGGCUCUACCGUCACUGAGGUCAUCCCUGCCACCACUCCCGCCCAGGUCCCCGCUGGCUACACCACCUCUGUUGCUAGCAUUGUCACUGACAAGACUCUCACCAUGACCCUCGGCGACCAGGGCAGCCAGUCUGUCGUCAAGACCGUCAUCCACUCUACUAUCAAGUCUACCGUCACUGUUCCUUGCGACAAGGCUGAGCCUACCACCACCACCACUGCUACCCGCACCUCGACUCGCACUGUCACCAUCUCCAAGGCUAAGACUUCUGCUGUCCCCAAGCCUUCUGGUGACGAGUCUUGCCACGGCCCUGCCCCUACCGUCACUGUGACCGUCACUCCCGCCACCGUCACUGUCCCUGCUUCCACUGUCUACGUCACCGUUCCUUGCGGCGCCAACCAGACUCCCGCUAGCAACCCUCCCGCCGUUUCCCAGAAGGCUGACAACGGCAACACUGGCAACGACAACAAGCAGCCCGAGGCCCAGAAGACUUCUGACUGCCCCCCUGAUGUCACCACCACCAUGGCCAAGGUUGUCACCGUUGUUCCUUACCCCAAGAACAACGGUACCUCCCCUGAGUCUGGCAAGGCCAAGCCCACCGGCUCUACUCCCAUCCGCCACUAAAUGGUUUUGAUGAGGUGUGCGAGCCACGGCCUCCCAUUGACUAAGCCGACUUACGGCUUUGUCUGUACAAAGUAACCAUGGGAUUUUUGGGUAGAAACGGGUCUAUACAAACUUAGAACGGCAGCGAUCAUUUUUUAUUAUUUGACUUUGGCAGAAGAUGGAAAUGGAAAUCUUACAACAUGCUUCCCUGUAAAGGGGGCAUUGAGAAAGACUAUGCUAAAAAUACAUCGACUUCUAUGUUGGAACAGAUGAAUACAAAUUGUUGCUAUCCAGGUCAACCAGUCUGCUUCUUGCUGUGGUUCCUGAAUCUUCAUAUUCUCACGUACAUAGAUAUUUACUUUCAUUUGGAUUGAAUUCACUCUUGGAUACAACCAUGGCUCGCUGCAACCAUCAAGUUCUAUCAUUGUGUUGAUGUCCUCUUAAUUGUGC